AUGUAUUUCUCAACGAUGUAUGAUUACCAGUCAUCUACCUCCUCUUCAUCAUCGGGCGUUACGACACCUGUAGACGGUGUUCCACCGAGAUUGGUGGCAUUCCCAAAAUCCUCGCCUCCGCUGAAUGGUUUUACGAGCUCAGGCUCCAGCGACUCACCCGCCGAGAAGCGUCGAGCCCGUCGCUCAUCGUAUUCCAGUACAGCUCAAAUACCGGUCCACAGACCGGUCAAGCUCUCUCUGGAGUCUACAAAAGCUAGUCCGAUUCCCGCAAUACACUGUGCUUCGGAGGAUUAUUCCCCGCUCGGGGCAUUUAGUCUCACGAGCUCUGCUGAGGGACAUCUUCGGUCUUUAGUCACACGAGUCGUUACUCCGACGAAAUCUACCGACGUACCUACUUCGAUUACUUCGUCAACCCUUGCGAAGCGCGAGCGAACUUCUUCGUUGCGUUCAUUCGCGAUUCCUUGGUCUCUGGACGACGACAUCGAAGAGGAAGAAGAGACGUUCUGGCCUCUCCAGAAACCGGCUGGGCACUACGAUCUUCCUUCUAUCAGUCGCAGCUCGUCUCCUCCAAAGACGAGCGAUGCAACAAACCCAUUUCAUCCUGAUCCACGAAGGCGGUUUGCAACUGCACGUGCCGCGACUUCCCCAAAAAUGGUUACGCACACCGACGUUGACAGGCUAAGGAAACCAGUACACGUCCGUGCCAACUCAUAUGCUGGUCCUUCGAACGAGACCCGUACGGUGGCUACUCUGCGAGCACCGGAAGCAUCUCACCCACCUCGCACCUUCCUUCGGCCCGCAGCACCGAAAAACAAGGGGAAGAAUGCUUCACCUCCUACACCUGGAAUUGCACAUGCCACGCAAUCGAAAGGUGCUUCAACGCUCAACCCAACCUUAGCCGCUGCGGAGAGUGCUUCUCGGCUUCGCGCAAGGUGUUCGCGAGAGUGCCGAGUCUCUAACGCAGCAGCGGGAUCUGCGCGUCAUACCUGCAGGGAUAAAAAUAGCGGGAAGCGUCCUGCUGCUAAUGUUAGGCCGGUGAUCCCCGGUGCAUAA